UUAGUCUUAAAAGUGCUCUCAACGAAGACAUACAAAAUGGAACGUUGGCAAAAUAAAAUAGCCGUGGUUACAGGAGCCAGUGCUGGAAUUGGAGCGGCCACUUGUAAAGCUCUGGUGGAAAAGGGUAUGAUUGUGGUGGGUUUGGCCAGGCGACUUGAGAAAAUGGAAAAUCAAACAAGGCUCCUGAUAGAGGAACAAUAUCGCAAAAAUUUUCAUUCCUACAAAUGUGAUGUGGGCAAUGAGGAGAGUGUUAAAGAGGCCUUUGCUUGGAUUGAUCGAACAUUUGGAGGAAUACAUGUUCUCAUCAACAAUGCGGGUGUGUGUCCCAAGUCCUCUUUGUUGGCUGCAGAUAAUUCGCAAGCUAUUAAUGCGGUUGUCAACACCAAUCUAUUGGCAGUGGUCUGGUGUACCCGUGAGGCUUUUCGCAUUAUGAAACAGCAUAAUUUCGAUGGCCAUAUAAUACUGGUGAAUAGUUUGGCUGGGCAUAAAAUUCCUCAUACUCCAGGUUUUUCAUUUCACAUAUAUGCUCCGGCAAAGCAUGCCCUUACCGCGAUGACAGAAGUCUUAAGGCAAGACUUUUUGACUGAAGGCACAAAAAUCAAAGUGACGAGCAUAAGUCCCGCCGGAGUACUUACGGAAAUUGUAAGUGAUGUUUCCUUUCUGGCUGAAGGACCUAUUUUGAAAACUGAAGAUAUUGCUGAUGCCAUAGUGUAUUGCAUACAAACUCCACCACAUGUUCAAAUACAUGACAUGAUAAUACGUCCAGUCGGUGACACAACCUAAUAUACGAGUCUAUAAAAUUUUAAGUGCCCUAACAUUAUUUUAUACAGCCAACAGAAAGAUAAAAACGAAAAUUGUAUAUAUUCAUGAGUAACGUUCGGAUGGAUAAAUAAAUCUCUUUGAUAUUUUUGCACAA